AUGGUCGAGCUUGACGAACCUUUGUCGCUGCUCGAGGAGCUAUUUGACCGCGACGAUCCGCCCGCUAAGCAGGAUAAACCCAACUGCUUUUUGUUGUCUUUGCGGCUUCAAAACUUUAAGCGAUUCCACGACCUCGUUUUCAAGUUCAGCUCCAGCCCGAAAGUGAUCGCGGGCCGGAAUGGCUUCGGAAAGACUCAACUCCUCUGGGCAAUCAUGGUUUACCUGCGUGCGUACAACGCACGCGUUGAAAAAAAUUCGACCUGGCAUAGCAAUGGCGAGCGCUACCUUCCGCUCACUUCGCUGUUCGGCGACCCAUACUUUGAGCAACAGGACGGCACAGUUUACAAGUCACUCAUUACGUCAGCGCGGGACACUGCUACUCUCACAGGCACGUUUGGGCCGAAAUCCUGGCCGACCGAGAUCCAGGUGCAACUUCGAGCCACCAGCACGGAAGUGCGUCAUGAUGAUGGCCAAGUUCACCAAAAGAUCCGCUUUGCCUUCGUCCAACCGUUCUACCAGUGGGGCCUUUACAGCAAGGAGGUCCAAGGCUCGAGCAAGCAUCUUCUGACCACGGGCGAACAACAUUUGCGAACCCGCCUGAAGGAUCUCAAGUCAAAGUACAAGCUGCGGACAGGCGCGGACGUUGCUGAGAUUCUCCAAGAACGCCUCAGUGCAGUGUUUGGCAUUCGAUACGCCGUCAGAAUUGCCUCUAUCGUUGUGUAUGUCCAAGAGGAACUUCCCGAUGGCACCAUGGGCGCGGAACUCGAGAUUGGUGCUUGCUCAUCGUCUCUGCAGAAAGUGAUGGCCUUGUACGUUCUGUUCUUCCUGCUGGCUUUCUCGACAGCCGCCGAUGCGGCUCCCUCCGGCGAAAUUCCGUCGCCUGCUUCCAGUCCAGACGUAUCUGAGGAAUCAAAAGGGCUGCCUGACCCUGCAGCUUGGAAGUCGCCUUCAACUCAGCGCAUCCUCCUGGUGGAUGAGCUGGAGGCGCUUCUCUACGAAACGGCAGCGGCUCGUCUCUUUGACAUGCUCGCGUCUGACUGCGAAGCGCAUGGCGUCCAGCUUGUGAUCACGAGCAACUCUAAUGGGGUUGUCCAGAAAGUUCAUCAAUCUGAUCUCCUUCUACUCGGACCAAACGGCCCGAUGAGCAAUGGGGGUACAUUCUACAACGAGCUCUGUCAGAUCACGUCAACUGUCCGACCUAUUCUCGUCGUGGAUGGCGAGACAGACGUCAAGUUCAUCCGACAGUUUGCCCCGCGCCUCGUCGAGAAGUUCACCAUCGUUCCAUCAGGAUCAGCCGGCACUGACGGGAGCUGGAAUCACCGCAUCGCUUUCGCCCGGGCAUUACAUCUGGCCGGCUUCAAGCCACCGAUCUUUCUGAAAGAUAGCGAGAUGAUGGCUUCGUCGUCGCGCCUGGAUAAUCUGCAGCGCGCUUACUUGGCCGACUUUGCAGGCGCUGCGGCAGGUGUGUACUUUACCCGCUUACCCUGCAUUGAGUCAUACUUGUACUUGCACUUGUUGUUAGCUUCUCCCGCGAACGCCGAGAAAGUUUUGAAGGAAAAACUGUCUCCAAUGCUGGCUUUGGAGGAAUCGCGAGAUUACUUUGUCGAGAUUUACAAGCAGCAUUCUUCGAAGCUUCGACCGUCCCUGAGUAAUGAAUCAGUUCAAGAGUAUGCCACCAGGCUGUGGAAUGAUCGCCUACAAGCGCUUCGUAAUGCGAAAGAUCACGACUUUGGCUUCUGGCGGGGUCUUGUCUGUCUCCUCAAAGGGCAUGCUCUCUACAAGACCUCCCGCAUGAAGCAAGUUAAAUCGCUUGAUCCGAGAGUGCAGGCUUUGCUGGAUGAGACUGUCGACGAGGUGCUCAAGUGUGCAAUGGCAUGA